CUCACUCUUCCCUCUCGUCCCCAACAGGACUUCUCCUUGAACGUAUUCCUGACGCAAACCUGGCUCGACACCCGCCUACAGUUUCAUGACCUGAUAGACGCCGAGUACCUGGAGCUGGACUCCAAACUGACCAACAAGUUCUGGGUGCCUGACCUCUACUUCGUCAACGAGAAAUCCUCCAGCUUCCAUAGCGUCACCGUCCCUAACCGACUCCUGCAUCUCUAUAGUGAUGGGACAGUGGUGUAUAAGCUCAGGUAUACGUACACACUUACAAACGUACUAUUAGUCACACUGAUGUACACACAAUCCAUUCCUGCAUCUGUACAAUUAUGGGAUGCACCCUGUCUGAUUCUGUCGUAUUUAAACACCACAUGCCUGUGUGUCUGCAAGUCGUGUCGUCGUGUGUGUGUCCUUGCAGUCGGCUACAGCAACAACAGCCUCCAGUUCCAGUGGAGCGAGGAAAUUCCCCUGAGCCGCCACGAUGACCUGGAGAUGUCGCAGUUCUCGCUUGUCAGCCUAAGCAAUCGCCACUGUGACGAAGGUGUGGAAGAUGGUGGUGCACACACAUGCCUGGCAGUUGACGUUUCCCUUCAGCGUAGCGUGGGUUUUUACAUGAUUCAGCUGUACGUGCCCAGCGCCCUGGUCGUGUUCCUGUCCUGGGUCAGUUUCUGUCUGGACCCCUCGGCCGUGCCCGCCCGCAUCUCUCUGGGGAUUCUCACCGUGCUCACCAUGACCAACAUGAAGACUAUUGCAGUGUCUUCCCUGCCUAAGGUGUCCUACAUCAAGGCUAUAGACGUGUGGAUGGCCACUUGCCUGGCCUUUGUCUUUGCCUCUCUCAUUGAGUUCGCCGUGGUCAACGCCUUCGCGCGGAGAAUUAUGUCACAGCCCCAGGAACAUAACUGGACACCGUUAGUGGACGCAGAGUCGGCGAAAAGCAUGAAGCCACGCCCCAGCCCCACCAGGCCCCGCCAACCUGGAAGUGACCAGUCCAGCAUCCAGUUAGCCAGGUUCAUUGACCGUGCCUCCAUGAUCUUCUUCCCCGUUCUCUUUCUGGCUUUUGUGGCCGGAUAUAUUCUUGUCUAUCAAUAGACUUUGUUACAGAUGAAGGCUCCAGCGGGAAAAAACCCAGAUAAAUCAUAAUUUUUUUAAUGGGUUGUUGUUUUUUUUCUUGUGGCUUAAAAAAAAUGUGUCCUUCUUCCCCGAAAUAGUCCGACGGAUAACCUAGCCAAGUCCUGUGCUAUAAAGGGUAAAAGAAGGGCUAUACUGACUACGAAAUACAACAUUUCAAAAUGCGAAUUACCAUUUUCUCAACUUUCUUAAAUUGUGAUUUAUCUGGGUUUUUUCCACGGAGGUCUUCAGAGAGAUUUUCCGUCAAAGGAUUACGACUGAAACUGAAAGCAUUCACUUGUCUGUCAUUUAAAUAAAAUAUAUGACAUACCAGCGAAUAUCUAUAGAUUAUGACGUAAUCCGUUUGUGGUACAGCAGUUGGGAGCUUCGCAGUCGCGCACAAAAUAUUCGAGUUCCAUUUCCUAGAGGAGAGAAUUUCUAUCGCAUAUACCCAUCUGCUGGGAUGUUGUACUCCUCUCAGUCGGGGUUAGCCCUGGUGGGCAGGGUCGAUCCUCACCUCCUAAAUGACCUUAAUUGUGUCGAUGCUGUGUUAACAACACCAGAGAGCAAAACUAUUAAAUAGGUCAUGCUCCCUGUCUUAAGAUUAUGUUACAGGUGGCUUCUUGUCAAUAUAACAUUAUGUCACAUGAUGUUACUUUUUAUCCAUAGAUAAUGACAAAGAUAAGCGUUCUGUGAAUAGCUUAUGAAACCAACUACAUGCUUCUCUGUCAUUAAAUUACAACAUAGGCUUUAUGCUUCUCUGAAAUUAAUUUACGUCACAAGCUACACCCUUCUCUGAAAAUACCACAAGAUGUUCACCUGUCUGCCAGUGCAUUAUGACAUUGGCUACAUGCUUCUCUGACUAAGUGACGUAAAAAUAUUCGCUUCUCUACCAGUACAUUGUGGCAUAUACUGCUGGCCUCUCUGACAAUAAUUUAUAACACGGCAUGGGAUAUGUCCUAUAUAUCGAUAGAUAAUAACAGAGAUGAUAAUCUUAGGAGUAAAGAGGACGACUUUGAUAUAAUGGUAUCUGCCAUUUAGUCAUUUAGUACUGGGGAAUAGCAAGACAGAUAGAGAAAAACAACUGAAGGAAAGAAAAGAAUUAAAACUACCAGUGCCAUCCUCCAAACACCCACGACAUAAAGAGAUUGUCUGUCCGUACACUAUGCCAUAAACAUUUUGAUUGAUAUAUUAUGAAAUCAAUAGCUGAAUUCUUUAUUAAUAUUUAAUAUGAACAAAUCUCGUAAAAAAA